UCAGCUCCGGAGGGUCGCCCCUAUUGGAACCCCAUUCUGAGUGGGUUGAGAUGGUGUUCUUAUUUUAUUCUGGUGUAGAAAAAUCGGCUUGCUGUACCUUGCCUUUCCUUCCUUCCUCCCCCUUCAUUCCAUCCCCUUCUCCUUCUUCCCCUCCCCUGCCGUCCUCCGCGAGCCGGGCCGGGCCGGGCGGAGCCAGGCGGAGUCUUUCUCUCCCGGCGGGAUCUGCCGCUGCUGUCGCUCCUGGCAGGAGCGGGAGCGGGAGCCGGAUUCGGAGUGGGUGCCGGAGCCUGGCAGCGCCGUAGGAUGGAUCUCCCUCACCUGACGAGUCCUACCGACCUCCCCAAGCACAUCCUGGAUAUCUGGGUCAUCGUGUUGAUCAUCCUGGCCACCAUCCUCAUCAUGACAGCGCUGCUGCUGUGCCCAGCCACUGCCGUCAUCAUCUACCGAGUACAAACACACCCCAUGCGCAACGGCAUCGUCUGAGCCACGGGCAGGGCGGGACGGCCGGCUCGCUGGGCUGGGGGCUACAGCCAUGGCACCCCGUGCCAGGGACCUCCAUGGGGCACCCUGAGAGCUGGAGCCUGGGCAGGAGCUGGGGUGGGCCAGCGCCCAGACCUGCUCCUGUACCUGGCUCUCACUGCAUACCCACUGCUCAUUUUGCCCACCGAGCUUAUGAGGACAAAGGGGGAAAUGACAGCAUGGGCAGCAGUGGGGAGAGGUGUGACUUUGGGGACACGUCUCAGCUGGAAAUACCUCACUCCCAUGAGGGAGGCAGGCUGGUCUCACCUUCACUGGUGACACUGUGUCCUCCCAGGCAAGCAGCAAGGAGUGGAAAUGCCUGACAAUGUUAUUUCUUCUUUGGAGUCCCAGCUGUCAAGGUCGUUGGGGAAAAAAGAGUCAAAGCAAGAUGGAUGUGGCUUCUGGUUGUGCAUUUAGUGCUUGGCUAAAAGCAUCCAUGACAGAGCUUGUGCUGGCUGCACAGCAGAUGUGCAGCUGGCACUGGCUUUUCCUCUAUCCAUCAUCUGCUGCAAUGGUAGGACAAUUCUGCAGGGCUCUUGGUUCCACUGGGUCUUGUGGGGCAGAGAAUUGUGUGCAGUUCAUGCCAGCCCUCCUGUCUGCACACUGGCUGCAUUCCCCACUCCUGAUAGUGAGAGCUCCCUCUGUUUGCCCAGCACACCAGCCCUGCUGAGGAGCCUGUGCAUGUCUCACCUGGGCAGGUAAAGCGGGAGGAGUGGGUUUGUGCCCAGCCAGUAGCAAGGGAUCAUGUAAGCUCUUGUAUUGUAUUCUUUCAUAUGAAAUAAAUGGACUUUAUGUGA